CAUCCAUAGUACAUUCAUGAUAUGAUACAAAUAUGUUUCUUGAUGUAUAUAUUCUGUUUGGAUUUAUAUAUUCAAUAAAAGGGACUUCUUUCAAAGUCACCAAUGAACAGAACGUUUGGAAUUCUCAGUUUGAUUGUGGAAUAGGUUACGAAAUGGCUGGUAAAAAUGCCUUUAACAACUGUCAACCGGAAACGUGCAAGAAGAUACGUCUUGAUAAAUUUGAAAGAAUUAGAAUCAAUGACACAUAUUGGAUAAAUGGAUAUGCGUUGACGUCACCAAUCAUAGAACAUCUUGGUUGUUUUGGAAUGAGGUCAACUGAUAUUGGAGCAUACUGGACUACUAUUCCUAAUAAUGACGUUCUUAUGUGCUAUCUCUUCUGUAAAGGACAUGGAUUCAACACGGACUCUGUUAUUAUAUUAAAGGAAGACGCAUGCUCCUGCUUGCCAUAUAGUUACUUGAUUGAACAAACAGAUUUGAAUAACAGCAGUAUGAAUGAAUAUCAUAAUGUCAGAUGUUCAGAUCAAUGUCCAGGAGACAACUCAGACAAAUGUGGUGGCAGCGAUCACUUUUCUUUGUAUAAAAUAACAGAGAACAAAAUUAAAGGUCGAGACCAUUCAUGUAUUUGUGAAAAUCUACAAAAUAAAGCAAUUGAGGAGUGUAAAACUUGUCCAGAGGAUCUACGGUUCCUAUGUCGUAACAUAUCAGAGAAAGAGAAAGGCAAACGACUAGACAUCAAUUGUUCUCAGAUACCUUUAACAUGGCGUCAGGAACUAAGGACCUGCUUAAAAUCAGGUGCCUCCUUCCAAAUAUUAACAAGGUCUGACAAAAGUUGUGAUAUAACAGUAGCAGUCGAUCAUAAUGAUUGUCAAUACCGCUUUGUUAAGUUAUUGUUUGUGUGGAACACAAGACCUGAAUCAAAAUAUGACUACAGAUGUUUGGGACUUCGUUUAGGGGAUACAAAAGAGUUUAAACUUCUUCCUUUUAACUGCAGCGAAAAUCGAAAGGCCCUAUGUCACAAGGUGUCGAAUGAAGGAUGA